CUUCUUUCUUUUGUGCCGCCCUUGUAAGCUUGAAGCUUGAAGCGCUGCCCAUUGCUUUUAUAUUUAGAGCUUUUGUUCUGUGGCUUCGUAUUUCUUUAUUUUCUCAAAAUGCUUUCAAGUAAGCUGCUUCGCUUCAGUACGGUGUCUGGUAUUGGUCCCCUUCGAAGUCUGUCUGCCUCAGCUCCCUUGAAAGAUGCAAUCAAAACGGUUACAGUUAUUGGAGGUGGCUUGAUGGGAUCCGGCAUUGUGCAGGUGGCAGCCCAGACAGGUCACAAAGUCACCCUGGUUGAUGUCAAGGAUGAGUUCUUGGACAAGUCCAGAGCCAACAUUGAAGGCAGCAUCAAGAGGGUCGCAAAGAAGAUGUUUAAGGAGGAUGCCGACGCAGCCGGGAAGUUCAUCUCGGAGUCGCUGGCUCGUAUCACCAUGACAACGGACACGCUGGAGGCCGUCCGCGACACCGAUCUCGUCAUCGAAGCCAUCGUCGAAAACCUGGGCGUCAAGCAGAAACUCUUCAAAGCCAUCGACGAGGUCGCGCCGCAGAAGACCAUCUUCACGUCCAACACGUCCUCGAUCCCGAUCACCCAGAUCGCUGAGCCGACCUCGCGCAAGGACCGGUUUGGUGGUCUGCACUUCUUCAACCCGGUGCCGGUCAUGAAACUGCUGGAGGUGAUUUCAAUCCAGCAAACCUCAGAGGAGACCUUCAACCGAAUGCUAGAGUUUGGCGCCGCCAUGGGAAAAACCACUGUUCGGUGCAAGGAUACGCCUGGCUUUGUGGUGAACCGACUGCUCGUGCCGAAUCUGCUGGAGGCUAUCCGCAUGCUGGAGCGAGGUGACGCCACGGCGCGUGAUAUCGACACGGCCAUGAAACUGGGCGCCUCCUACCCCAUGGGUCCGUUCGAGCUGGCGGAUUAUGUGGGUCUCGACACCACCAAGUUCAUCAUCGACGGCUGGCACGAGUCGUACCCGGAGAACCCUCUGUUCGCCCCGAGUCCGCUGCUCAACAAACUGGUGUCCGAGGGCAAGCUGGGCCGCAAGACCGGCGAGGGAUUCUACCAGUACAAGAAGUAGGAGGGCGACCGGACAUUCGCCAGGACGGGGAUCAUCAACAUUUCGGCCCCAAUGACGUAAUAUGGAGGCCGUCCUGACGUCACUGGGAUGCGAUCGGCAGCAAGAAGGCAACAACGCAUCGCACCACCAGUCCAUCACUGGAUUAAACAAUGCAAUUGUGGCUGGGAUGAAAGUGGCGUACUCUGUAUGUGAAUUUUUGACGUGAUGUAUUUUUGUCGAGGAUGGUACAAUUUGUGGAAGUUUAUCAAGGAGCAGUGAACUGGAUUACAUGCCAUGUAUUAUACCGAUUUAUUGAAUUGUGAGGGCUGUAGCGGUAAUUGAAUAAACUAUACGCCUAA